CAUAAAAUUGGCGCCAAAAAUCGGCAAAGCACGCAGGCUGUAAACAGCAUCAAGCAAAACAAAUUUUGCGCGUUUACAUUUUAGUUUGCAUUUCCUUCUCUUCCGUUUAAGUACCCUGACAGACUAACCACAAUGGAUGUUGCCGAUGCUCAGGUUGGCCAGCUGCGCGUCAAAGAUGAGGUGGGCAUCCGUGCCCAGAAACUCUUCCAAGAUUUUCUCGAGGAGUUCAAGGAGGACGGCGAGAUCAAGUACACCCGUCCGGCGGCGAAUCUGGAGUCGCCCGAUCGCUGCACCCUGGAGGUGAGCUUCGAGGAUGUGGAGAAGUACGACCAGAAUCUGGCCACCGCCAUCAUCGAGGAGUACUACCACGUCUACCCGUUCCUCUGCCAGUCCGUUUCCAACUACGUCAAGGAUCGCAUUGGCCUGAAGACGCAGAAGGACUGCUAUGUGGCCUUCACAGAGGUGCCCACACGGCACAAGGUCCGCGAUCUGACCACCUCCAAGAUCGGCACAUUGAUCCGCAUCUCCGGCCAGGUGGUACGCACCCAUCCCGUCCAUCCGGAACUUGUCUCUGGUACGUUCAUGUGCCUGGACUGCCAGACCGAGAUCCGCAACGUGGAGCAGCAGUUCAAGUUCACGAAUCCCACCAUCUGCCGGAAUCCCGUGUGCUCCAAUCGCCGUCGUUUCAUGCUGGAUGUGGAGAAGAGUCUGUUCUUGGAUUUCCAGAAGAUACGCAUACAGGAGACCCAGGCUGAGCUGCCACGCGGCUGUAUACCCCGGGCCGUGGAGAUCAUUCUCCGCUCGGAGCUGGUGGAGACGGUGCAGGCCGGAGAUCGUUAUGAUUUCACUGGUACCUUGAUCGUAGUACCGGAUGUCAGUGUCCUGGCCACGCCCGGCACCAAGGCCGAGUCCAGUUCCCGUCACAAGCCCGGCGAGGGCAUGGAGGGCGUUACUGGCCUGAAGGCAUUGGGAAUGCGGGAGCUCAACUAUCGGAUGGCGUUCCUCGCCUGCAGCGUCCAGGCCACAACGGCACGCUUUGGCGGCACCGAUCUGCCCAUGUCGGAGGUCACCGCCGAGGACAUGAAGAAGCAGAUGACGGACGCCGAGUGGCACAAGAUAUACGAGAUGUCCAAGGACCGUAAUCUCUACCAGAACCUGAUCAGCAGUCUCUUCCCCUCGAUCUACGGCAAUGAUGAAGUGAAGCGCGGCAUCCUGUUGCAGUUGUUUGGCGGCGUGGCCAAGACCACUCUGGAGAAGACCUCGCUGCGUGGCGACGUCAAUGUUUGCAUUGUGGGCGAUCCCAGUACGGCCAAGUCGCAGUUCCUCAAACAGGUAUCGGACUUCUCGCCCCGGGCCAUCUACACCUCCGGCAAGGCAUCGUCGGCGGCGGGUCUGACGGCCGCUGUGGUCAGGGAUGAGGAGAGCUUCGAUUUUGUGAUCGAGGCGGGUGCCCUGAUGUUGGCCGACAAUGGUAUCUGCUGCAUCGACGAGUUCGACAAGAUGGACCAGCGCGAUCAGGUGGCCAUCCACGAGGCUAUGGAACAGCAGACCAUAUCCAUUGCUCGCGCCGGUGUCCGGGCCACUUUGAAUGCCAGAACCUCUAUUCUGGCGGCCGCCAAUCCCAUCAACGGACGCUACGAUCGCUCCAAGAGUCUGCAGCAGAACAUCCAGCUCUCCGCCCCGAUUAUGUCGCGUUUCGAUCUUUUCUUCAUCCUGGUGGACGAGUGCAACGAGGUGGUGGACUAUGCCAUUGCCCGGAAGAUCGUCGAUCUGCACUCGAACAUUGAGGAGUCGGUGGAGCGGGCCUAUACCCGCGAGGAGGUGCUCCGCUACGUGACCUUUGCCAGGCAGUUCAAGCCGGUGAUUGGCCAGGAGGCCGGACGUAUGCUCGUCGAGAACUACGGACAUCUGAGGCAGCGCGACACCGGCACCGCAGGACGCAGCACUUGGCGGAUUACGGUGCGCCAGCUGGAGUCCAUGAUCCGGCUGAGCGAGGCCAUGGCCAAGUUGGAGUGCUCCAACCGUGUCCUCGAACGGCAUGUGAAGGAAGCCUUCCGGCUUCUAAACAAAUCCAUCAUUCGGGUGGAACAGCCCGACAUUCAUCUGGACGAUGAUGACGAGGCUGGCAUCGAUGUGGACGAUGGCAUCCAGCACGACAUCGAUAUGGAGAACAACGGAGCAGCAGCCAACAUGGACACCUCAACGGACGGCCUGGACACAUCCGCUUCGGCCGUUCAGAAGAAGAAGUUCACGCUGUCGUUCGAGGAUUAUAAGAACCUCUCCACCAUGCUGGUGCUGCACAUGCGCGGCGAGGAGGCGCGCUGCGAAGUGGAAGGCUCGGACACUGGCAUGAAGCGCAGCGAUGUGGUCACCUGGUAUCUGGAACAGGUGGCCGAACAGAUCGAGUCCGAGGACGAGCUCAUUUCACGCAAGAACCUCAUCGAGAAGCUAAUCGAUCGCCUGAUCUACCACGACCAGGUGAUCAUUCCGCUGAAGACCACCUCGCUGAAGCCGCGGGCCAAGGGCCAGGAGCAGCAGGAGGACCUGGAGGAUGACCCGCUGCUGGUGGUGCACCCGAACUACAUCGUGGAGUGAACCCCCCUUAAGCUCCACUCGUACAAAGCUUACAUAUACAUAAUGUACCUAGUUAAGUUUGUGUUUCCAACUCUUUCUAAUCUUUUUGUAAUCUAGCGGAUAAGUGUAGAAAGUAAUCGCCAGAAUCACCAGUAUCCUGGCAUCCAUUUCAUCCAUCAUCCAUGUUGCAUUUUUAUGUUUUUUUUUUGUAAGCGCCGAAAAUAAACGUUCAUCUCCA